GGUAAUUUUGUGUGGUUACAGUGCCAGAAACGGGAAAAUAGAAAGUUUAAGACUGGUCCAUGCUGCGGCCACUUGGUUUACGUCAUCAAAACAGUCCUCUAAUUUUCCGGCCAUUCACUAGAGGCGCCAGUGUCGAAUUUUUAAAAAUGGCGCUUAUAACCACGUGUUUCUCAACCAAUCACCAGUACUAGCUUAUUACUACCACGUGCCGAAUUCUCCAUGCUCAUUUCCUGAGCUCACUUUUAUUUGAAAUCUCGAGUUCUGAGGUUGUGUUCACGUGAGUGUUCUGUGGUGUUCAUUGUGUUUAUUUAUUUAUUUAUUUAUCUACAAAUUUGCGAUAAAUAAUUUUAUCAUUCCGUGUGGGAAUUAGUUUUACUACGUAUUAUUAUGUAUAAUAAAAGCCGUAAGUGUUGUGUACCUGGAUGCAGAUUUGAAGGUACUGAACGUUUUCGUUUGCCAAAUCCUCGCAAGGAGGAAGCAAUGUUACGAACAUGGAUCAGCAUUAUCGGCGGCGAUCUUUUGCAAAUGUCGUUGGAAGAUAUUUACAACAAGAAAAGAAUUUGUAAGUGUCAUUUUACUGACAAUUAUUUUAAUCCAGGGUGCAAGGGUCUUUUACGAACAGCUGUACCAACUUUGUAUGUCCCAAUGUGCAUGAAAGACACCGAAAAACGUACUUUUGAUGAUGCCUUUGUGGAAGAAUCAUCAUUUUCCGUGUGUACUCCUUCAGCAAAGAAAAUUGCUACCGAUGUUACAGUGGACAUUGUAGAUCCUAAUUUGGAAAAUGCUGCUGUAGUUAUUUUUAACACUUGUCGUUUGGUGUUUAGGCGAUCGCUUGUGGUUUAUUUGGUGUAAGAGUAUGUAACCACGUGGUGAAAAUAAGGCUAGAUUAAAUUUAGUUUGUAAUUUUAUAAAAUAGCAAUUGUUUAAACGAAAAUUAUAAGCGUAAUUAAUUCCUAUCUAAUGAUUUUCUAAUCUCAAAUGUUGUGAAGUUUCGCCGAUGUCAACACGU